AUGACAUCUAUUACUCAGCUACUUUCCCCGUGGCCGGUCUCUAAGCAUUCAAUAGUUCUGCGCGAGCAACACUACCCUCCGCCGCCUCAAUCAUCCGUCCUACCGGAACAUAUCGACAGCAUGCCACAGCACCAACCCUCGCCUCCGCAAGAUCCUGCGCACAACGAUGCCGUCACCGGAAGCGCCGAGAGCGAUGGAGGCGAGAACAAUGGCGAUGGCCGGAAAGGUUACGGCAAGCGUGAACUGAGCACUAGCAAGAGAGCUGCUCAGAACAGAGCCGCCCAGAGAGCCUUCCGACAACGAAAAGAGGGCUAUAUCAAGAAGCUCGAAGAGCAAGUGCGAGACUAUCAGGUCUUGAGUGAAAACUUCAAAGCCGUUCAAGCCGAAAACUACCAACUCCGAGACUACAUCAUCAACCUGCAGUCUCGAUUAUUAGAGUCGCAAGGCGAAGUGCCGCCCCCGCCCAGCAAUGUCGACGGGCUGCAACCCGGCAAGGCUGGACCGCCGCAACAACCAGGCACCCUACCUCGUCUAUCGGAAUUGGGAGCGGUGGGCCAACCGCAGGAUGGUAUCAACAGCCUUCACCAUGAACCUCAUCGCAGUGGCUAUCCCGAUCCGACAUUUUCAGAGUCGCCCGUUACCAAGCGCCCCAGAACAGGGUCUGCUGAAAUGACGCCAUCUCAAGCAGCACUGCAAGGACCGGCCAUUCUGUCACAGCAACCUGCGGGUGCGCGAUAG